UGUAGACGUAUGAGUGCGUGUUUGAAUGUGUGGGUGUACACGUAUUUGUGAUAAGAUCGACGUCAACCGUCAACGUUUCGUGAGCACACCACUACACGGAUGGUCGUACCAUUCAGCAAUCGCCAAUCACAAUCAGUUUGUUACCGCGCUCGCUGCCGUGUCGUCGUGUCAAACGGUUGUUAUAAACAUUUCGAUAUCUUAACCGAUACCUCGUUGUUAGCGCAGUGAACGAUCUUCGCUGUGCACACAAUUACGACUAUUUGUUGAUAAAACAUUAAUGUUUGUGAACUGGGAGCUUCAGUGAUCUCCAGUUUCGUAACAAAGAACUGAAUUUGAUGUCCCAUCCGUGCGGCGAAAUGGGUUAAUGACCCUUGGGUCAUCAAAUUAAAUGGGAAUUAACGUAUAAAGAGAGGAGAGCAAGAAAUCCAUCAUGUAUUCAAUGAACUACAUCGGUACGUUCUUCAAGAAGUUCUACAGUGAGAUCAACAGUGCGACGCUGACCGGAGCCAUUGACGUCAUCGUGGUGGAACAGCCAGAUGGAAGCUUCACCUGCUCGCCCUUCCACGUUCGCUUCGGGAAGCUCGGAGUUCUUCGCUCCAGGUUCAAAGUGGUGGAUCUCGAGCUUAAUGGCGAAACACUUCCGAUUCAUAUGAAACUAGGGGAGUCUGGCGAGGCGUUCUUUGUGGUAGAAGUGGGAGAAGAUGAGGCUGAAUGCUCGGCGCACCUUGCCACCUCACCCAUUCCCGCCAGCAGGUUCGACGGCCUGUACGAACCGCGGCGAAGGAACUCACUGUCUGCAGUGGAGCCGGAUCAUGGACAGGCCUCCGACUACACAAAGAGACGAUAUACCGCCGACGGAAAAACAAUGCAGAAACCAGACCUAAGUAAACAUACAAAGAAUAUUACCAAAGAAGUUAUUAGUAAGACCGAUCCUGAGAAUGAUGCGUUGUUCGAAAUGGAUGGCAUUAAUGAGUCAAGCUCUGACUGGACGGACUCCAGGCCAAAAACGUUCUCAGCCACGCAACUGGGACCCGCUGAAAGUGAAGCUAAUCAGACUGUGCAAAAGAUCAGCGAACAUAACGACUUCCGGCCAAUUGAUUCCGUUGCAAAUCAAGAUGAUGUGAAGCCAAACGGUAAUGGAAAGAAGAAAAAGAAGACGAGGAAAGUUAAUACGAAGAAGAAGCACCAAAGGAAACCGUCGAACAGUUCAAUGUCUGGUCAGUCUGAUCUCACCUGCCAACCGGCUGUCAUACCAAAUACCACCGAUAUUAACUUCUUUAGUGACACCGAGGCGGCAACACUUAGUGAAGAAAUGUCGAAUAUGAAGCUGAAUGGUGAAAACCGUAUUCCAUUGGCGCUUUCCGAUACAGCCUUCGAGGUGCAUGCAGCCUCCAGACACUCGAAGGAGUCGCGUCAUGGCACUCCAGUUCAGUCAGACACAGAGAUGGAGCUGGCUAGGAGCGUGGCCGGGGACAAGUCCUCGCAGUCGUGGCGAUGGGGGGAGCUGCCAGAACCUCCCCUGCGCCCCCAGCUCGUUAAUACCCCUGACUCGCCUGCGUCUCCCCCCGAGCCCGCGUCCCCAGCCGAACCCCUCAGCUCCGAUGAAGAUCGGCCCGGACGACGGGGCGUCCUCAGCGGAAUGUUCCGAUUUAUAUCAACUAGAGAUGCGAACGCCACUGAAGCUGUCCAAGGCGUGUACCUCGAUGACUUGGACAAGGGCCAAGUAGACCCGGACAUGUACUUCCCCAAACACCACGCGGAGCGAUAUAGAGCUGUGAGUGGCGAAGUGGGAGUGCCCUCCGGUCCCACCGAGGAGGAGUACGAGAGUGGCAACGGCCCCUCCCUGCCCCAGUCCCCCGCGUCGCCCGCCUCACCUGUCUCGCUCGAACCCCCGCACCUUGACUCCGAUGACGACGAGAAACUCCUCGCCAAGGGCGAGGUGGAGGUGUACUGCCGCGAGGGCGCCGUGUCCCGCGCGCUGAGCUACGAGGAGUUCUGCCGGGCCGGCGCGAGUCUGGCACACGACGGGCGCCUCGAGGUGCGGCUGGGCGAGCGACAGCUGCCGUGGAGGAGCGCCGGCCCGCUGCUACUGUCGCUGCUGGCCUACAGGCGGCCGCUGCCCGCGAGGGUGCUGGAAGCACUUGAGAAAGGCGAAAAGGAUAUUGCAGAAUCACAGCAAAGUGUUGACGCGGCAAAGCCAAGAUCGUACUCCUGGUGGAGUUGGAGGCGAUCCACUACUGACCCAAAAAGACCUGACCCAUCUCCGCCAAAAGGUGCACUGGAGCACGGUACGAUAACUGAGAUGCGUACAGAGCCUGUUUCCCGCGACGUUGCCGAUGUUCCCACCAUAGACAAGGUUGAUGGCAAGACAGAAGUGACAGAAGAAAUGAGUCUCGGAGACAUUAUGGAGCCUAUUCGCGUCCACGAACUGCCGCACGACCCCCACGGGUUUGACCUACCAGGUGAGCGGCACGAUCAGAGCUCGUCGGACUCGGACCAGGACUCGCAGCAAAAUGGCAACUCCCGGCGACAUUCCACGUUUCGGAAAACACUUCGACUGACAUCAGAACAAAUAAAAAACCUAAACCUGCGCGAAGGCAUCAAUGAGAUGGUCUUCAGUGUGACGACGGCCUACCAGGGCACCACACGCUGCAAGUGCAACGUGUUCCGCUGGCGGUACGACGACAAGAUCGUCAUUUCCGACAUUGACGGGACCAUCACCAAAUCUGAUGUGCUGGGCCACAUAUUUCCACUGGUGGGCAAGGAUUGGGCGCAGUCCGGAGUCGCGCAGCUGUUCACAAAGAUAAAGAACAAUGGCUACAAGUUGUUGUACCUGUCAGCGAGGGCUAUCGGCCAAGCUGGGGUGACCCGCGAAUACCUGCGCUCAAUAAAGCAGGGGGAAGUGUGUCUGCCGGACGGACCACUGCUCUUGAACCCAACCUCGCUACUGCGCGCCUUCCAUCGAGAGGUCAUCGAAAAAAAGCCGGAGGAGUUCAAAAUCCAAUGCCUGGCUGAUAUCAAAGCUCUGUUCCCCACUGGCUCUACUCCGUUCUACGCGGGAUAUGGUAACAGAGUUAACGAUGUAUGGGCAUACCAAGCUGUGGGCAUUCCCAUAGUGAGGAUAUUCACAAUUAACUACAAAGGCGAACUGAAGCACGAGCUCACGCAGACAUUCCAAUCUACGUACUCCCACAUGACGGUGCUGGUGGACCAGGUGUUCCCGCCGAUGCUGUGCGAGCCCAGCGGUGAGUUCUGCCAGGUGGUGUACUGGCGUGAUCCGCUGCUGGACAUGGAGCUGCCGCUGCCCGCACCUCCCGCCUCCAAACCGAAGACAGCCACCAAACCAUAGAUAAUCCUUAAUUGUACUCGUAAACUCUCCCCGCUCGUGUAACUAGCAUGUCUUGUGUAAAAGUAUACUAAGGCCGGCGAGAGGAGAUAAAGAAUGUAAACAAAACGGACCGGUACUGAGUUACAUUGCGAUAGGAGCGAUUAUUAUGUCUGUCCUAUCACUCGUACGCAGAAAUAGCGUCAGUUGGUCGACGAUAGUUAGCGAUACGACUAUCGUUGCGUAUUUCGUGGUACAUGACAGCAGUUGUCAACAUUUGAUCCGCCAUUUUGCGAACAAGUUCAUUUCUGUUGAUUCAUCAUUCAGAUUGCGUUCGAAGUGAUACGUAAUUUUUCGUUUGCGUUUUUACUUUUUUGUUAUUAUUUAUCUGUUACUGUUUUAUUUCUUGAAAAUUUUUGCUGUUAUUGUAUUUGUUGAUUUUAUUUAAGUAAUCACAACCUGGCAGCUCUAGACAACAUUUUGAAAUAUAUCAGUUAUUUUAUAUUCAAAGAUAUCGAUGAAACAGUUUUGGACCCUUGAAACUUUGUUUACAUUCUUUGUCUCGUCUUGUUGGCCUUACUAGUAGUCAUAUUCAUAAUACCGCCAUCAGCUCAUUAAAAUUAUCUAUGUUUAGUUAAAAUUAGUUUAUAUCUUUAGUUUAAGAAUCAUUUGCUGUUUGACAAAAUUAAGUUCGACGGUUGAAAUGGGCUUAAUGAGCGGAUGGCGUUAUUAUGAACAAGACGGCUUUCCCACUAUUUAUAUUCAAUAGUAAUCAAAAUACAAGACUUCUUAUUUCGCAUGUUCAACACUCAGCACACGAACCUCGCUCUUAAACUUAGUUCGUUAAGGACUAUAUUGAUUAGAAAAUUAUAUCAUUGAUUAUUAUGAAAAUUCUGAGUGUAUGUAAUGUAGAUUUUUGUAGUUAAUAUUUUUGUGUAGCAACGAAGCUUGGCAUAAAUACCUCACCGUUCACUAUAUAACCUGCUAUAUAACCUGGUUUAUGGAGGGACAUAAUCAAAUUAGCCUUCAUGUAUCAAAAGUAUUGACGUAAAAACGACUAAAAUUAGGGUGGCGCUAUAGAAGCAAGAUCUCUAAAUUUAAAAUUAUGUAUAUUGUAUUAUAAAUAAAUUAAUGUUCAUUUAUUGUUAUGUCAUCAAAAAUAUUAUGUUUCUACUCAGCUCAUUAUUGUUCGAUCUGAAGGACUAGCAUCCAUGGUCAAGCAAUAAUUAAAAAUAAAACUUGUUACUAAAGCGCCAUUCUGGUGGGAUAUGGAACUAUUAUUUUCUGCGGGACAAUAAUUGAAACUAUUCGCCGAGAUGGUUUUCUUUACCUCAUUAUUUCAUAAAGUUGUUAGUCAUUGUAGGUUGGGUCCCCUUCCCUAAAUAAGGCAUUAUUGAACAUGUAGUAGGGUGUGGUUCAGUAGAAGGCCGUAUGGAGAAUUAUAUAUUAAUAUUCUGAUUAAAUCUUACUUACGCUUCUCGUAAAGUAAAUGAAUUCUGCUGCACAAUCCUGACAAAAAGUAUCAAUUGAUUUAUAAUUUUUUUGUUUCAAUGUAUAUUUUAGCUGACUAAAAUAUUUAUUUAAAUAAAACAAAUGAGAAUUUUCUUACGUGAAUAAUUUAAAUUUACCUUUUUACUGCAAGCCACUCCUGUUCAAAAUCAUAAUACAAAUAAACAAGUGGAUGCUUUCUUUUUUAUGAAUUUGUUAAUGUUUCCUAUGUAAAAUUCACUUAAGAAAUAGUAUUUUAUGGUAGGUUUCAAAUGUUUUGGUUGUCAAUUUUGUUUAUAAAUUUCAAACCAGCUUGACUGAUUUUAAAUACUACAACAUAAUAUUUUUUAGAAUGCUCAAGACACAAACACCUGUUCCUGCGCUCAGUUAGAAAUGUUAUAUUUUAAUUAUCCUUACGAGUAUUACCAUUAAUACAUAUGAGGAGGACAGUGUGAGAGUAAACAAAUGAAUUUGCAUCUCAAAGACUGCAGUUCCAUAGUUGAUAUUAGAUUGAGUGUUGUUGAUUAUAAGUUUGCUGAUGAUUGUUUUAACUGUGAUGUCGUCUGAUGAUGAAGCGAUGCUUUACUUUUGUACUGUGAUUAUCUUAUGUAAGUCUUAAAAUAAUAUUGCACAUUUAAUAGACAGCCAUUUUAAAGACCCAAGGAUGUAUAGAAACAAGCUGUCAGUGUCAAUUUUUUUUUAAAUAAUAUUCCACAUUUCAUAUACAGCCACUUGAAAGACCCAGGGAUGUAUAGAAACAAGAUGUCAGUGUCAUUUUUUUUUUCUUAAAAUAAUAUUGCACUUUUCAUAUACAGCCAUUUGAAAGACCCAGGCAUGUAUAGAAACAAGCUGUCAGUGUCAAUUUUUUUUCUUAAUAAAAUUGCACGUUUCAUAGACAGCCAUUUGAAAGACCCAGGCAUGUAUCGUAAAAAGCUGUCAGUGUCAAUUUAUUUCUUAAAAUAAAAUUACACAUUUCAUAGACAGCCAUUUGAAAGACCCUUCAUGGAAGAAACAAGUCAGUGUCAAUUUUUUUUCUUAAAAUUAAAUUGCACAUUUCAUAUACAGUCAUCUGAAAGACCCAGGCAUGUAUAGAAACAAGCUGUCAGUGUCAAUUUUUUACAAAUAAUGUCAAUAAUUAGUUACACAUUAUUGGUAGGGUCCAUUUUGCGAUUGAUUUGUUUCUAUUCAUCCCAGCUGAUGUGGCCAGGAAUGAUUAGAGUUUAUUUUUAUACUUACUAGAAUUGAUUUUGCUAGAUUAGUAAUUAUUUUUUCAUGUUUUACUUUAAACUGUUUAUACUAUUGUAAUUUAUUUUUCUGUGAUUAAUGAACAUAAUAUAGAACUAUAGAAGAACUGCAAACAAUUUAUGCUUCUUGUAAAAUAAAUUUGAUGGAAUAAA